AUGCUGCAUGCAACUUCGAGAUCUCUUUCCACGGACAGUCCCAGAUCCCAAUUCACGUACCGAGAUCUCCGUCGCCUUGGCAACUACUCACCGCAUUCCCCCUUACGCGUGAUCGCACGCGUCGAUUUCGAUGCUUUCUACGCACAGUGCGAAAUGGUGCGGUUGGGAUUGGACGCCUCACAGCCGCUGGCAGUUCAACAGUGGAAUGCAAUAAUCGCACUCAAUUAUGCUGCCCGCGGCUUCGGCUUUUCUCGCGGUGCUUCUGUGGAAGAUGUGAGGCGGCUUUGUCCCAACAUCAUCAUGUCUGAUGCAGCCGAUCCAGCCAUGAUGAAGAAAGACAAGGCUGCCCUUGAUCCAUACCGGAUCGAAUCGCGGAAAAGUAUCAACACUAUAACGAAACACCUACCACCCGCGCCACUUCAACGCAUAGAAAAGGCGAGCGUGGAUGAAGUUUUUAUCGACCUAUCUGCACACGUACAUUCAGUCCUUGUUUCAAGAUACUCUCAACUUGCCGUCGACGAUAAUGUACAUGCCUCACUUCCUCUUCCACCACGGGACGUCGUUCUCCACUGGGAGACGGAUAACCUGGUUGACCUCCCAACGAGCACCGACGAAACCCAUCGUAUUGAUUGGGACGAAAUCGCGCUGAACAUUGGUGCUCAAAUCAUACGAAACCUACGCAAGGAGAUCUUCGAGUCUCUACAUUACACCUGCUCCGCAGACCAGCAGACGGUGAUCCGAGCCCGUGCCAUGCCAUUCUUCCUCUCUACCCACAAGAUGACUUCGAUCCGUGGACUGGCAGGUGUAUUAGGUGUAAAGGCGAAAGAAGCCUUCGGCUCCAACAGCAUCCCUGAACUGCUUGCAAUCCCACAGGAGGAAGUAGUCGCUGCGCUCGGUAAGCAGGAUGGUCACUGGUUCUUUCGUUCCAUUCGCGGAGAAGAUCGAAGUGAAGUGAUUCCUCGAACCGACCCUCAGUCAAUGCUAACGCAGAAGACUUUCGUACCGCCUCUUACAGACAUUGGCCAGGCGUCUUCUUGGAUGAUAAUCUUCGCAGCGGACCUCGUAGGGCGGCUGAACGACCUCAAAGUCGAAUCAGGGCACUUUCACCGCCCAUCCACGCUUGCUGUACAUCACCAUAUCCGAGGGCGCUUUGGACCAACAACAUCAAAACAAUGCAUUAUACCGUCUCAAACGGGGAUUAACGAGGAGACAAUCUUCAACUUCGCGAUGAAGUGUCUGAAAAUUAUAGCAGAUGAGGCGGCUCCUGCCUGGCCGUGUUCGAGUAUUGGGUUAAGUUUACAUGGAUUGGUGAAGGAGGAGCAGAGGAAUCAACUUAUCACCAGUUUCAUGCUAGCUACUCCAGGAAGACAGGACAGUGCUGAGCAGACUCACAAGCCUCCGGUACGCGACCAAGAACCAGCAAUGUUCACAAAGGCACUAGCACCACGCAGUGCCGAGACGGCCGUUAAUGCAACUGCUGAAGGUUACUCGUGUCCAACCUGUGGGAAUAUGAUUGCACCUACUGACGUCCUCGAGCAUUUGGAUUGGCACGUGGCAUACGCAUUGCAAGAGCGUUUUUAA